AUGGAAGACACGGUGGCAGGACAGAAGCGUAGACUCCUCGUCGUCUACAUCCAUGGCUUCAUGGGAAACGAUUCGUCGUUCCGCUCCUUUCCCGCCCAUGUGCACAGUUUCCUCAAGGAGACUCUCGCCGAGACGCACGUCGUCCAUACCAAAAUCUACCCCCGGUACAAGACAUACAAGUCCAUCGAUGUAGCUCGUGACAACUUUAGUGCUUGGUUGGCCCCCCAUGAAAACCCCACCACUGAUGUUAUACUUGUAGGCCACUCGAUGGGUGGCCUUCUGGCUGCAGAGGUUGUUUUGCUGCCUAGCCAAAACCCAAACGCGGCCUCGUCUCCCUUCCGGCACCGCAUCUUGGGCACGAUUUCACUCGAUGCUCCGUUGCUUGGUCUCCAUCCAGGCAUCGUGGUUUCGGGCAUCGCCAGUCUCUUCCGGCCAGCCGUCAGCCCGCCAGCCGCAGAGAAUGGCCAAAUCGAAGCCGCCGUACCCGGGCAGACGCAAUCGCCUUUGCUCACUCCUUCUACCCCUGCCGAGUUCCCUCCUCCGCCAAGUGCUCACUCUCCAUCGCUCAACCUAUCUCCCUCUAUCUCGACAAUGUCCUCCUCAGCACCCGACCCCUAUUACAACCCCUCAUUCUUCAAUGAUAUCACGUUUCAAGACCGCGGCUGGAUCAAGAAUAUCGCGCACUUUGUACGCAAGCACAGAGACGAGAACCUGUUCUACGCUACUGCGCACCAUUUGUUGUCCCACCUGGAAUUCGGAGGAUGCCUGGCGGACUAUCCGGCACUGAGGGCUAGGUACGAGCGUCUUAGGCGGCUGGAGGACGUUGACGAAAUCUAUCAGGCGGGCAUCGGACCGCGACUCGUACGGGUCCGGUUUGCCAAUUACUAUACAGUCUCGACUGGAGCAGUGAGAAAGCCGAGGCCAAGCUCCCCAAACGCAUUCUUGGACCGUACAGAUGCACAAAGAGAGUCAGUCAGGCGAUCUCUCGAUAUUGACUCGCGUCUAUCGACCCCAAGAAUAUCGAUCGAGGACCACAGUGAUGGAUCGCCGCGUCACAGUCUCCAAGUGCUUGAACCUCUGCCGGAGGCCGUUGAGGCACCCUUGAUCGAACAGCCCUCAAAAGAGAGCAUACCCACAGCAACAUCGUCUGAGGAACCCCUUCCAGGCAGCACUCCUACAGACCAAGACCUCCGACUUCCAACCAUCCCGGAUCCACCGACCCCGCCCGAGCCUCCCGACCUGGACGCCUACCCGGACAAGGAGUUGCGGAAACAAGCUGAAAAGAAGUUUAAAAACGACCAGAAAGCCUAUACUCAAGCUGUCAAAGUCCGAGAGAAGGCCAUCAAAACACGACAAAAGGCUCUCGACAAACAGCACCGCAAGGCUCUCAAGGACGCCGCCAGGCAAGAGAAGGCCGAGCCGAGGAAACUACACAAGUCCCCGUCAGAGGAACAAAGCGAGCCGCAAUAUCCCCAGCCAGAGCAGGAGACAGAAGAGAGAGAAUCAAAGUCAAAGAAGGGCCGUCUUCGCAAGUUCUGCACGAUCCCAAAGGGCCGCGACCCGACCUGGAUCGAGGUUUACAUGGAGGGCGUUGACGAGGUGGGCGCGCACUGCGGGCUGUUCAUGCCCAACGCGCCGCACUACGAGCGCCUGGUGGGCGAUGUCGGCGACAGGAUCGCGCUAUGGGUCUGGGAGGACGCUUCUAGGAGAGCGAUUAUGGAGGGCUUGUGA